AAAGGACAUUAGGUCAUGGGAUUUGACCCAUGGCGGUGCUGCCUUCCUGGGUCCUGCCAGUCUAGCUCCUCAUCCCCACCAAAGUUGAAAUUCCAUACCUGGAUUUCCCUACCCGAGGCCACCCCCAGCCGGAGGGUAGCCCGCCCCCCCGGAGGCUCAGUGGUGUGUGCCCCGGGUCUGUGGGUGGGUGACGGUGGGAGAGUAAGGAGAAGAGAGGAGAGUCCCAAGGCUCCACUCCUCAGGCUGGGCUACUUGACUGUCAACAUUGAGCCUCUGCCCCCAGUGGUGGCUGGGGAUGCCGUGACCUUAAAGUGUAACUUCAAGACAGAUGGUCGCAUGCGUGAGAUUGUGUGGUACCGGGUGACUGAUGGCGGCACCAUCAAGCAGAAGAUCUUCACAUUUGACGCCAUGUUCUCCACCAACUACUCGCACAUGGAGAACUACCGCCGGCGGGAGGACCUGGUGUACCAGUCCACCGUGAGGCUGCCCGAGGUCCGGAUCUCAGACAAUGGUCCCUACGAGUGUCACGUGGGCAUCUACGACCGCGCCACCAGGGAGAAGGUGGUCCUGGCCUCAGGGAACAUCUUCCUCAAUGUCAUGGCUCCUCCCACCUCCAUUGAAGUGGUGGCCGCGGACUCGCCCUCCCCCUUCAGCCGCUACCAAGCCCAGAACUUCACACUGGUCUGCAUCGUGUCUGGAGGGAAGCCAGCGCCCAUGGUUUAUUUCAAACGUGAUGGGGAGCCAAUCGACACAGUGCCCCUAUCAGAGCCACCAGCUGCGAGCGCUGGUCCCCUCCAGGACAGCAGGCCCUUUCGAAGCCUCCUGCACCGUGAUCUGGAUGACACCAAGAUGCAAAAGUCACUGUCCCUCCUGGAUGCGGAGAACCGGGGUGGGCGUCCCUACACGGAGCACCCCUCCCACAGCCUGACCCCGGACCCCAGCUUCCUCCUCCAGCCCACCACAGAGAACGUCCCAGAGACAGUCGUGAGCCGCGAGUUCCCCCGCUGGGUCCACAGCGCGGAGCCCAUCUACUUCUUGCGCCACAGCCGCACUCCGGGCAGUGAUGGCACCGUGGAAGUGCGCGCCCUGCUCACCUGGACCCUCAACCCGCAAAUUGACAAUGAGGCCCUGUUCAGCUGUGAGGUCAAGCACCCCGCGCUGUCAAUGCCCAUGCAGGCAGAGGUCACACUGGUUGCCCCGAGAGGCCCCAAAAUCGUGAUGACACCCAGCAGAGCCCGGGUCGGGGACACAGUGAGGAUCCUGGUCCAUGGAUUUCAGCAGAAUGAGGUCUUCCCAGAGCCCGUGUUCACAUGGACACGGGUAGGGAGCCGCCUCCUGGACGGCAGCAGUGAGUUCGAUGGGAAGGAACUGGUGCUGGAGCGGGUCCCUGCCGAGCUCAAUGGCUCCAUGUACCGCUGCACAGCCCAGAACCCGCUGGGAUCCACCGACACGCACACCCGGCUCAUCGUGUUUGAAAAUCCAAAUAUUCCAAGAGGAACAGAGGACUCCAAUGGCUCUGCAUCUGGCCCCGCUGGCGUCCGGCUCCCCCUGGUGCUUGCCCUGACAGUGGUUCUGGAGCUGACGUGAAGGCGCCACCUGCUCCCAGCACUCCUCUGGCACUGACAUCUCUGCGACUGGUUUUCAUUUCUUUUCUAAACAAUUUCCAGUCUUGUUCUUAGUCUCUUUCUGUCUGUGUCUUGGCUUCUUCAGUCCAUUUAAUUAAAACAAACAGACCAAUUUUCCCCACCGCGA